AUGACGGCUCUAUUUGCAAAGUUCAAGGACGCGCAGUUCACUGGCUCCGGCUCAGCGCUAGCCGAUGUGAUUACACCCGCGAAUACCCCCGCUGAGCCAGACCGGUUGGACUCUUUCUACCAUUUCACGGAUUCUAUGAAUGUUGCUUCUGAUGUCCGAUAUGCUCUUCUUGAUGAUCGCAGCACAGGCAGCAGGCUCCCAAAGCUUGAAGGCAAUGCCUGGGCAGACAUUUUUGUGACCUUUUGGAAGGUCGCUGGAGAGCUUGUGAAGUUCGAAGAGAAUCCAACAAAGGCUUCGUGGAACCGUGUUUUUGUUUGCUGGAAGGAAUUCUCCAAUUUGAUGAUCAAGGGUUACUCGAGCUGUGGGUUCCAGGCCUGGACGUUACCAUGUCUGUAUGUGACUGGAAAAUAUCUCCGAGCAUUCGCCAUCAGGGCAGACGCAGAGACUGAGGGGAGCCCUGAUGCAUCAAGAGGCAAUUUUCAAGAGGAUGUGGUCUCUGAUGUGCAUAAAAACAAAAACCUUGAAGAUGCAUCGCGUGUUAUCAACCGCAUGUUUACGUUAUGUCUACACGACCGGGCACCAAUCGAGGAAUCUCGCAAGUGGGGAGUCUACAGUACAGUAAAUCUUUCAUUCAAGACAUAUUUCAAGCUUGGCACCGUGUCGUCUUGCAAGAGUUUAUUGCAUGCAAUGGAAGCAUCUCAAGCGGAUAUGCCACCUCUCACAGCAUUCCCCAAGUCCCAUAUUGUCACUUUCAAAUACUAUCUCGGGGUGAUUCUCUUUUUAGAGGAGUCUUACAAGGAGGCAGAGGAACACUUGACAUACGCCUGGAAUCUUUGCCAUAAAGAUGCAAUGAAAAAUAAAGAGUUUAUCCUCAUGUACCUCGUCCCAUGCCAUCUCGUCACCACCCGCACAUUACCCUCAAAACGCUUAUUAGCCCCGUUCCCUCGCCUCGAACAACUAUUCCGACCGCUUUGCGAGUGCAUUCGAAAAGGAGAUCUUGCAGGUUUCGAUGCUGCAAUCUCAGCAGGAGGCGCCGCGUUCACCAAACAGAUGAUCUACCUCCCAUUGGAACGAGGUCGUGAUAUUGCAUUGCGCAAUUUAUUCAGAAAAGUGUUUAUCGCUGGUGGGUUCGAUCCGGCGCCACCCGGUGCAACACCUAUCAGGCGAACUCGUGUCCCUGUUCAGGAAUUCCUUGCUGCUAUACGACUCAAGUCCAAUUCUACACCACCUCUACCGCGAAAGGACGGAAAACAUAAUGGGGAGGAGAACAGCGACAAACUUACUCCGGUUAAGCUGAGGGCGGAGAUUGACCAGGUCGAAUGCUAUUUGUCGAAUUUGAUAUACAAGAAUCUCAUGAAAGGCUACAUAGCUCGCGACCGCGGUAUCGUCGUCCUGAGUAAAGGGGGUACUGCUUUUCCAGGAACGGGCGUUUAA